ACCCCCGGCCGCUAGUCCGACUGGCAAUCUCGCCACGCCGUGUCGCUCUCUCGCGCGUUCAGCCGAAGAGCGCACAAUAUGUGCCGUGAGAUGUGAAAGAUUGUCUUUGUCAAAAAUGGGACGAUUCCGUGAAAUCGAUUGAUUCAAUCUCUCUGUGAAAGAGAACUGCUGAUACAAAUCAAUCGGUCCCUUUGCGUUUUGUGCGCAGAGAAAGAGAGAGAAAGAUGCCGUCUCUAAGCUCUGAUGAUGUUCCUCUUGAAAGAAUGUCGCAAGAGAAAUAGGAAAGAUCCGAGAGAUAAGGAGAGGGUGAAGUGAUGCGCGAGCUUAUUUCGACUUUAUUUUGUCAUUGAUCGAAGACAUUAUGGAUCGACCGACGUGGCGAAGGUCGCUCGGCUUAUUGUGCUCCAAUGAAUGUUCGCUUUACGAGAGGCCCGGUCCUUAGUGGAACAUGUACAAAGAAAACUUCAAUCCGGGGUGAUCUCAAUUCGCGAUUCAGUGAGAUCUUUUCAACUCACACCGUUUACUUGUGUCCAUUGUCACGCGCGCGCGCGUGCACACACACACACACACACACAGAGAGAUAAUCGUUUGCAUCGGUAGUGAGAAAGCUUUUGUUGUCAGAAAUUGCGACGUUUUUCAGUCAGUCGUCGAGAAUCUUCAACAACGUUCGACAACGAUAACGUGUCGCGAACUUUAUCUCGCGUUCGAAACGUCUGUUUUUUUUUUUUUUUUGUUUAAUAGACACACAUGUGUGAGGAUGACAUGAGGAUCGGAGUGUUGGCGUGGCUUCGGCUAUUGCCCGGUGAUUGCAACGGGAAAUGAUUGCGAUUACCACUCGUUAUCGGCCGACAUCGGCGACGUUAUCAGGCGUCACUGUGAAAAUAAAUUCCGGCGCUGGAAACCUCGAUCGAUGAUGCCAGUAGUCACUCAGGAAGAGAGAGCUAUGCCGUGAGGGCGGUAGCGACAAGAGAGACGGACCGGUCGAGAGAAAGAAAGAGAGCGAGAGUUUGAGAGUGACUGUGUGUGAGUGCAAAUCAUCAUUUGAGAGUUAGGCUUUUGUGAGUUGAAGAAAAGAGAGACGCGACAAGUUUGCCCGGCUCGUAACAGUGUGUCAAGUUUGACGUCGCGCAAAUUGUUGCUCGCCGCCCGAAUGAAUUCGUUUCACGAAACUCAUCACGCGAUGAGAUUGCCCAUCUCGAUACGCCGCGCUACUACAAAGCGUGCUACUAACAAUUGUCUAGAUAAAAACAAAAAAAAAAACAAAAAACGAAUCGCGUAAUGAUAAACGACGGAGGAGUGUCUGUGAGUCCCAAGCUUUAAUUCGCGUUCCGAUGUAAUUUUUAAGAUAAUCUCGAAGUAUACGCACGGAAAGAGAGGAACUAAACUAAAGGCGCGCGGCAACGUUGACACGCGCGGCAACACAAAUCAAAAUCGACAUUACACACAUUUAUCGGUAACGAUCCACGUAUUUGAUCAGAAAAAAACCCUGAAGUUGACGUUUUUUUUUCGAAUAAAAACACCUUCUUGUGCUCUGCUCUGUUCGAGACACGGAAGAGAUUGUCAAGAAGUUUGAUGAUUUCAGAAGGUUAUUGAAGACUCGAGGAGAUUGUGAUAAUCAGCCGCGCGAUCACGCAUCGAAAUUACUUAGAAUGGGCUGCAAAUCGGCCGCAGCUAAGUCCAAUCUGGAAGAAGAGACGACCGCGUUGUCGUCAUCGUUGCUGUUUUUUUAUUUGAGGUUCAAAGAGACGAUUCGAGACAAGCGGGGCGGCGCCAAGUCCUCCGUUCCCGACGACGAAGAGGACGGAGAUAGCGACACAGCCGUGCGAAGCUGUCGACGAGUUUUGUUCGAGAAAUUACCGAAGAAGGGAACGCUCGGCAGCAGCGUCGCCAGGUAGCUAUCCAGGCAAGAAUGCAGAAGCUGCGCUCGACGUUCAAGAGGUCGCGCACUCCCACGGGCGCAGAAAUGAAGACCCAAUCGAGCCUCGAGGUGCCGAAGCAGAUCAGAUCGGCUUCCUUCGACGAAAUACAGUUGCAGACCGAGCGCCAGGAUGACGGGAGAGACGUUCGCACCACGUCGUCGUCGUCGUGUUCAUCCUCGACGACGUACGAUCGCAGAAGAUCGGCCACCCUGAAGGUGCCGCAGCUCUACAGCGGUCAGCGUUCCAAGAGCUUCGACGCGUAUUCGGCGAGUCCGGGCCAGUCGUCCGAGAGAUCGGAAACGCCGAUCAUCCAGGUCUCCGGAUGCUACCACUGUGCCUGCGUCGAGGAAUACAAAAACCUCGUCAGACAAACCGAGGACGCGCCCAGAACGGAGGCGAGCGAAUCUCGCGGAGACAGCAGCGCGGAGCUCUCGGAAAACGAGUCGGAUCACGAGUACGAGCCUUCCAAGAGGGAAGGCAGUCCGGAGAUUAAGGUUACUCUGCCCGACGACGACGACGACGACGACAAUAUACAGAACGAACCGAUGCGAUGCGUCUCACCCGUCGUCGAGAUCGAGUCGAUGAGUUCCGAGAUCAAGCUCGAGUUCCCGGGAAGGCAACAGCGCAGACGAUCGCUGUCCAGACAGGAAGCGCUCACCACGUUUCCUCUCACGGAGAUAUCCGCGGUUCUGGCCGCGAACAGGACGACGACCGAGACGAGAACGAUGACCGUCGAGACGACGAUGGACGACGACGACGACGACGACGAGAACGAGAACGUCGACGCGGACAAAUCCAAGUUCGUUGUGCGUGACAUUUUUCUGACGGUACCGGAGCUGAAGAGGGAUCGCGCCGCCUCGGUGGACUCGUGCUUUAAUAAUAACAAGAACGGCGGCAUCGCCGACGCGGACUUGCUCGCGGUGCCGCAGCAGAAUAUCAGAUCUAAGAGCGUCGAUAUCGUUCUGCCGACAGACGUUAGGACGAGGUACACGGCGCUCGUACCCGGCAAGGAAUCGCGACUUCCGAUAGGAGGAAGAGAAGAAGGUGGAGACGGUAAAGAAGGAGGUCCUAGUCAACGCGAGCCUAGGUCGACGCCAGACUGGAGCUCGGAUGCGAUCAAUGGGGAACAUCUUUGGGUGCCGACCGCCACGUCCGGUGACUUCUGCUACGUCAACGACUGUUCCAAACACGGACCCCGGUUGAAAUGUCCGGCGUGUCGUGUGGUGGCCCACGCGUGUUGCGUUGGUAGCUUAGAGUUCGCCUGCAAGCCGAGCUUUCGCGACGUGGGCGUGCGUCAAUAUCGCGAGCAAACGACAAUCCACCAUCACUGGGUUCACCGACGAUCUCAGAAAGGCAAGUGCGCCAACUGCGGCAAAUCGUUUCAAUCGAAGCUCAGCUUCAGUUCUAGAGAAAUCGUGGCUGUGAGCUGCAGCUGGUGCAAAACCGCUUACCACAACAAGGAAACGUGCUUCAACGUUCCGAAAAUCGGCGAGAACUGCGAGCUUGGGGUGCAAGCGUCUAUCAUAGUGCCGCCGUCGUGGAUCGUUAAGCUACCCCGAAAAGGUAACUUCAAGAGCAGCUUGAGAAGAUCGCCGAGAAGAAAGAAAUCCGGCGGAUCCAAUCGUCGGAAAGGCAAAGAGACGGAAAAGGAUGAGAAGGACAAGGACAAGGAGAAGGAGGAUCUGUGGGUGAUCAAGCCUAUACCGACGGCCACGGUGAGGCCGGUCUUGGUGUUCAUCAAUCCGAAGUCCGGCGGCAAUCAGGGUGCGAAGUUGUUGCAGAAGUUUCAGUGGCUGUUGAAUCCGAGACAAGUUUUCGAUCUGACGCAAGGUGGUCCAAAAAUGGGAUUGGAGCUUUUCAAAAAAGUACCGAACUUGCGCGUUUUGGCCUGCGGCGGGGACGGAACGGUCGGAUGGGUUCUGUCGAUUCUCGAUCAGAUCGGUGCUUAUCCGGCACCGGCGGUCGGGGUGCUUCCCCUCGGCACGGGAAACGAUCUGGCGAGAGCGCUCGGUUGGGGAGGCGGUUACAAGGACGAACCAAUCGGGAAGAUCUUGACCAGCAUAGGCGAGAGCGAGACCACUCUGCUGGACAGAUGGCAACUGAAGGUCGAGAGAAACCCCGACGCCAAGAACGACGACGACGGCGGCAAGGGUAAGGAAAACCUGCCGCUCAAUGUCGUCAACAAUUACUUCUCCCUCGGCGUGGACGCUCACAUCGCUCUCGAGUUUCACGAAGCCCGAGAGGCUCACCCGGAGAAAUUUAACUCCAGAAUGCGGAACAAGUUGUUCUACGGGCAGAUGGGCUGCAAGGACUUGUUGCUCACCAAGUGGAAGGAUCUCUCGGACUUCGUGACGCUUGAAUGCGACGGCCAGGACAUGACGCCGAAACUGAAGGAGCACCGAGUGCACGCCAUUCUGUUUCUUAACAUAGCCUCGUACGGGGGCGGGACUCAUCCGUGGAACUCGGGAAGCGGCACAAAGGAGCCUUCCAUGAACGACGGCCUGAUCGAGGUGGUCGGUCUGACCACGUACCAGCUGCCUCUUUUGCAAGCUCGCGGACACGGGACCUGCAUAGUUCAGUGCAGCACGGCCAAGUUGGUUACAACCAAAACUAUACCGAUGCAGGUCGACGGUGAGGCUUGCCGCCUGUUGCCGUCUAUUAUAACAAUGAGCAUGUUGAACAAGGCUACGAUGCUGGCGAAGAGAAGAAACGCGGGAAAACCUCAGCAGAACACGGCGAAAUUGGAGAGACUGAAGUUGCCGGUGAUGAAGAUAAGGAUGUCGGACUACGAGACGAAUCAUCACGACAAGGAAAAAUUGAAGGAGGGAGCGGAGCUGUGGGUGGCCGACCCGUUGGAUCUCGACGCGACAACCGAUCUGGAAAGUCUGAGGAAGAUCUUGGCCAAGGAUCGCAACAUGGAUUCUUGCUGUUUUCUCGACUCGUGCACCGCGGAAAGAUUCUUCAGAAUCGAUCGGGGCCAGGAACAGUUGCAUUACGUGACGGACGUUGCUGUGGAUGCUGUUUACGUUCUCGACGAGGACGCGGUUCCGCAAUCCAAGACCCAACCGGCUCAGCCGAGCCAAGUUGCCGCGAGUCAAGAAAACGCAGAAACCACGCAGACUCAAGCGCGGAGUGACGAAUAUCCGAAGGAGACGCUAGUCGAGACGAAAGAGAAAGAGCCAUCGCCGCGGAACGAAUCGUCUCAGAACGAAGAAGAAGGAAAGGACGAACGGAAAAAGGAAAAGCGCAAGGAACUCACUGAGCAGCAAAGUGUCGUGAUCAAACCGGCGAAUGUACCCAUCGUGAACUCGCUGGACGUGCCGCCGGUCUCUAACAAGAAGAAGGACGUCAGACCGAUUUCACGUGUCAGUCGCGAAAUUCAGAAACAAGAUUUGAGCGACGCGAUCGGUCAAACGACCGAUCAGUCGCAGACCGGUCGAUCUCCCGCUUUUAUCAGCCCACGCGACAGGCUCUUUAGCUUGAGCUCGGGAAUUCACGGAUUCCACGCCGGGCUACUUGAGAGAAGUUGCGACGAUAUACUGAGGGCGGCGAAAGUCGGCGAUCUUCCGGUGUUGAAGCAGCUACACCAAAAGGGAUACUCGCUCUUGUCGAUCGACGAGACCGGUCAAACGGCUCUUCACUUGGCAUCGAGAUACGGCCACAAGGACAUAGUCAGAUACCUCAUUGGCUGCGCUCCGCCCACGAUUCUGAACAUGAUCGACAACGACAAAGGACAGACCGCUCUGCACAAAGCGGCCCAGAACAAACGUCGUUCUAUUUGUUGCAUGCUCGUGGCCGGUGGCGCAUCGCUGACGAUCAAAGAUCGGCAAGGCAACACGCCGCAUCAGCUCGCGCUGAUCGCGGAGGAUCACGAUCUAGCGGCGUAUCUGCAAAGUCAAGAACACUUUCAAUUGGCAACGGAAGAGAUGGAGGGCGAUCUCUGACCUCCACCGUUAAUUGUCACGGCCUGAACCGCAGCGUCUCUCUCGGUGUGUGACAGCUGGGGGUUUCAUCUGUUUCCGACAAUGUGAUGACGUCCCCCCCCCCGACCGCGGUAGGUUUUUCGCCGAUGUUGAAUAACGCGCGCGCGCCUACAACCGAUCAAAUUCUCCCGUUCAACGUCUACAUGUCGACGAUUUUACGUGUUUGCCAAAACUGCUCUGUCGUAAUAAUCUUUCUUGUCGAUACUUCGAAAUUACUCUUUAAGACGUAAUUGUAUUAUUGCAUACACGUAUAUCUGUCACACACACACACAAAUACAUACACAAAUACACACACACGUUUACAUCUAAACUACCGUAGAUGGUUGUUUUUCGAUCGAUAACCUUUGUUUUCCUCACUCGUGAACUCUCGAGAUUAAAAUAAAACUCUCUAACCUGCGUUCUACUGUAACAUACCCUGCUCGGGAUACAAAAAAAAAAAAAAACUCUCGGCCCAAAGAAAAAUCUCCUCAAUUACUUUUUAAGAUGAGAGCAAAAAAAAAAAAAUAAAUAAAUAAAUAAAACCUUGUCUUUCUCCUAUGCGACAUCUAAUGUCUCCGAUCAAUGGUCCAAUCUGAGACAGUCAAUUUUGCAUACGUACAUCCACACGAUACAUUCACACGAUACUCGUUAGAGCGAAUGAUUAAUACUAACGUCAAAACAAAAAGAAGCAGCGGUCACGUUUGUGCAAUUGAAGAAGAAAAAGUGAAGAAGAGACUUGCGCGCGCGUACACAAGUCGGUACACUGUAAUUGUCGAAUCUGUGCCAAUCGACGUGUGUAACUUUCGAAAAAUCAUUAUGCCAAAAAAAAAAAAAAAAAAAAAA